UAAAUCCAAUUCAAUUGUUUUUGUGACAGGGCGUGGAAUGAAUUCUGCCUUUGCUAUUGGUCGGCUGUGUGAUCUUGAGGCUGGUUGUGCUAGAAUCUUAGCAAUGCCUGAAUCCAAACGAAUGAUAAUGAGUCUGAUUGGUAUGCUUGGAUCAGAGGACAUUGGAAGUGCAAAGAAUGCAUGUUUUGCAUUGAGCUGCAUUGCAUCAUUUCAACAAGGACACAGCCGUCUACUGGCCCAUCCUGAAAUAGAUACAAUUGUCAAUAUAUUGUCAAGGCUUUUGUCUUGUACUGACGAUGAGUUAAUUUGGUUUGCAGCCAUGAUGUUACGUACAAUAGGAAGUCAGAAGAAUGGCUGUCUCUACCUUAGAACCCAGGAAUGUGUGAAACCUGCUUUAGCGGAAGUGCUACAAAGACAAAAUGUUAAGAAAGAUACUCUAGAGGAGGUAGAAGAUACGCUGGCUCUAUUGGAGAAAUUACCCAAGCCGAAACCACCUACACUGAUUGUUGAGAGUGCUUAUAGUAUUAUAAUCAACUGGGAAGUAAUGAAUCCAAGGAGCGGUUUGGAUGUCACCUAUCAACUUCAUCAAGGGGAUGACUUGGUUUAUGAAGGAUACAAGUCAAGUUACAUAGCCAAUAAUCUUACUCCAGUCACUACAUAUUCAUUCUGUGUAAGGGCGUACACUGAGGGUGAUGAUGGGCAUACCAGUAAAGUAGUGUCUGUGCAGACACCUGAGUCAGUUCCCAGUGCACCACAGCUACCACGUGUUGUUGCCAAGACAACUAAUCAGAUAAAAAUAAUGUGGGACCCCCCUGAGCAGCCCAAUGGAAUACUGAAAGCUUAUCAAGUAGUAACUAGAGCAUCUCAUGCACCACCAAAACCAGUUUUACAGGCUCUUGGACGUCACGAAAUCCUUGUUCAAUGGGACCACCCGCCUAGACCUCUGGGAAGAAUAAACAGYUAUGAAGUCAAAGUCAAUGAUAUGGUGAUUUACUCGGGCAUCGAGAGAAGUUGUAUUGCACGCUUCCUAAAACCCAACACUGAAUAUGUAGUCACGGUGAGUGCGUGGACGAGUGAAGGCAGAUGUGAGAGUCUGCCAGCCAAGAAGAGAACAGCUCGGGAGAUAUACCAGUCUCCAGCCAAGACAACUAAACAGAACCACUCUAAACGAUCUUCAAAUAAACACAAAACAGUACCGAUUAGAAAGCCUUUGUAUCCAUUCGAUGCCAAGAGUACAG